GGCGAGCCCCGCCCCGCCCCCCCCCCCGCGCCAGGCGUGGCGGAGCCGCCGCGGCCCGCCCCAGGGCGGCCGCAGGGCCGCGGUGAGGACCUCGGAAGUGGCGGGAGCCCGUCCUUCUGCCGCGGAGCGAUGGUCGCGGGGGCGCCCCGGCCCCUGCCGGGCCCCGGGGAGCCGCCUGCCGAGGGACACCCCGCGCCCGGCCGCUACCUGAGGUAAAUUUUUCCAUAACCUUAUGGAGAAAAAGGACUUUGAAGCAUGGCUUGAUAACAUUUCUAUUACAUUUCUUUCUCUGACGGACUUGCAGAAAAAUGAAACUCUGGAUCACCUGAUUAGCUUGAGUGGAGCAGUCCAGCUCAGGCACCUCUCCAAUAAUCUAGAGAUUCUCCUCAAGAGGGACUUCCUCAAACUUCUUCCGUUGGAACUUAGCUUUUAUCUAUUAAAAUGGCUCGAUCCUCAGACCUUACUCACAUGUUGCCUCGUCUCUAAGCAGUGGAAUAAGGUCAUAAGUGCCUGUACAGAGGUAUGGCAGACUGCAUGUAAGAAUUUAGGUUGGGAAAUAGAUGACUCUGUUCAGGACCCUUUACAUUGGAAGAAGGUUUACCUAAAGGCUAUUUUAAGGAUGAAGCAACUGAAGGACCACGAAGCCUUUGAGACAUCCUCUUUGAUUGGACACAGUGCCAGAGUAUAUGCACUUUACUAUAAAGAUGGACUUCUGUGUACAGGAUCAGAUGACUUGUCUGCAAAACUGUGGGAUGUAAGCACAGGUCAGUGCAUAUAUGGUAUCCAGACACAUACUUGUGCUGCGGUGAAGUUUGAUGAACAAAAACUUGUAACAGGAUCUUUUGAUAACACAGUAGCCUGUUGGGAAUGGAGCUCUGGGGCCAAGACUCAGCAUUUUAGAGGACACACAGGUGCAGUUUUUAGUGUGGAUUACAAUGAUGAACUUGAUAUUCUGGUCAGUGGCUCUGCAGACUUCACUGUGAAAGUAUGGGCCUUAUCAACAGGAAUGUGCCUGAAUACCCUUACUGGACACACGGAGUGGGUCACUAAGGUAGUUUUGCAGAAGUGCAAAGUCAAAUCUCUUAUGCAUAGUCCUGGGGAUUAUAUUCUUCUAAGUGCAGAUAAGUAUGAAAUCAAGAUUUGGCCUAUUGGAAGGGAAAUAAACUGCAAGUGCUUAAAAACAUUAUCUGUUUCUGAAGAUCGCAGCAUCUCCUUGCAGCCCAGGCUGCACUUUGAUGGUAAAUACAUAGUGUGCAGCUCAGCUCUAGGACUGUACCAGUGGGACUUUGCCAGCUAUGAUAUUCUCAGGGUUAUCAAACCUCCUGACUUUUCAAAUGUGUCCUUGCUGGGCUUUGGAGAGAUAUUUGCUCUACUGUUUGACAACAGAUACCUGUAUAUAAUGGACUUGAGGACAGAAAAACUGAUAAGCCGCUGGCCUCUACCAGAGUAUCGGAAGUCAAAGAGAGGUUCAAGCUUUUUGGCUGGUGAAAUGUCUUGGUUAAAUGGACUAAAUGGCCAAAAUGAUAUGGGCUUGGUUUUUGCCACCAGUAUGCCAGACCACAGUAUCCAUUUGGUAUUAUGGAAGGAACAUGGCUGAAAAGAUCACACAUGGCAGAAUCUUCAGGAAUAUCUGGACUAUCAGCAGUGUGUCCAUAAAAUAAGACUUUGCAUGAACCAAAGUUGCACACCUAAUGGUAUCGUCAUGCAAUGCACAAUCACUUACUUUUAUUUGGGCAUUUGGGAAUGGGUUGUUUUUGACAUAAUGCAACACAGCAUGCUAACAAUAUUCACCACUAAAUUUUAUCUGUACUCAUGUUUAAGCAUACUUAUUUGGGCUCUGAAGCAUAGCUUGUAAAACUUAAACCAUUCAAAUCCACCAUUAAGUCUAAAAUGAAGUAGUAUUUGACCUGA